AUGGGGAAGCCUAGACUUAUCAUCCUGAUCAGACACGCCCAGUCUGAGGGCAACAAGAACCGCGAUAUCCACCAGACGAUCCCCGACCACCGAGUCAAGCUCACAGAAGAUGGAUGGCAACAAGCAUACGAUGCCGGCCGCCGGCUACGCAAGCUGUUGCGCGCUGACGACACGAUCCAGUUCUUCACCAGCCCCUACCGCCGCACACGCGAGACCACAGAAGGCAUCUUGGCCACUUUGACCAGCGACGACCCGGAGCCCAGCCCCUUCAAGCGGAAUCACAUCAAAGUCUACGAAGAGCCCCGCCUACGAGAGCAGGAUUUUGGAAACUUUCAGCCAUGUAGCGCCGAGAUGGAACGCAUGUGGCAGGAGCGCGCUGACUAUGGUCAUUUCUUCUACCGUAUCCCCAACGGGGAGAGCGCCGCAGAUGCAUACGACCGAGUCAGCGGUUUUAACGAGAGUCUUUGGCGCCAGUUCAAUGAUGACGACUUCGCCAGCGUUUGCGUUCUAGUUACACACGGUCUUAUGUCUCGAGUCUUCCUCAUGAAGUGGUACCACUUUAGUGUCGAGUACUUUGAGGAUCUUCGAAAUGUUAACCACUGCGAGUUUCUCAUAAUGCGCAAGAACGACAACGGCAAAUACCUGUUGGAAAACAAGCUACGAACGUGGUCGGAGCUAAAGAAGGAGAAGGCUACACAACAAGCUCUCUUGACCGGAGGAAACUCCAAACUAGACUCAGCCCCUUCCACCACUCCGCGGAUGCCUCCCGAUCCCAGUGCACCGCCUGUCGAGAUGCGUCGCCGGUGGGGAGGUUGUCCGAAUGGCUGCAACCACGACAAGAACUUCAAGAUCCGCUCGAACCUUGCCGAUCUCGUCAAGACCGACCAUAUGAUCUCGAGCCAUGUUACCUCCACCGAUGCCAUUGUUACCGAUAGUGCGAGUGGUAAUUCAACAGACGUCGAUACCCCAAGUGUCGGUAGCAGCAGCAUCGCGCUUACAGAUGGGGCCGGGCCUGGCAAGGCUCGAGGAGUCGCCAACGCCUCUUUCAACGGUACCGCACAGCCUAAUGGGCCGACAAUUGCGAGCCGAAGACCGACAGCCAAGCACAUUCAGUCUACCAGCAGCGGGGUCACGCUGUCGCCAGAGGUGGCUCACACUGGUCCGGUCAUCGACAUAACCAAAGCACGCGAAGAGGUAGUCUCCAGUCCCGACGGCACGCCAUCCUUUAUCUCAAUCGAGGAUCGCCUACGAAGCCAUCUCAAAAGUCCCAGUGUGCCGCCCCGUCCCCAUAGCCAUGGUCACAGCCUUCAUAUCGGUCGUGAUGGCGGAGGCACCUACAGUGGGCAUAGCAGCAGCGAAACCGAGUUGUCAGAAGACGAGCGGCAAAAGAUCGUCAAGAUCAAAACACCGAGCGGCGGACUCACACCCCUUGCUGCCCGUCCCGCGCCACAUCGCCAUUCUAGCCGGGACCGGAGCCAAAUGGGCCGUGGUGCCAAAGCCAACCGUCUAGGCGAUCAUCCUCCCAGUAGCGACGGCGAGCAUGAAGCUGAUGGAGAACAUGAGCCCGACUGUGAGGAAGACGAAGAGAACAGCUGCCAGGGGCAGGAAGAGGGCGCCAAGCUUACCGAGUCAAUGAAAAAGAAGCAGAGUCUAGAGAACCUGACGGACGCAGAGAAAGACGACAGAAGUCUACGAGGGAGUGUCUACUAG